CUCGGUAGAGGAACUCUCGCGAGAUAAAAGAACAACGUUGACUGAGAGUGUGCGGGUGGUUUUUCGGUUGAUCAGAGUGUGUGUGGCCGCAAGGCAGGACUUUGUGAACCGUCUUGAAAAGCUGUCAAGACGAGGUCGGACGAGGGACAUCCUGCGGAGCGCGGUUACCCAACGGCGUCUCCUUGGCCCGCUCUGUCCUUAACGGCUCACGAACUGGACCCUGUGGCAGCCGCGUGGGGGCGGAAACUCUAUCCAGGUACGGGCACCUCAAGAGUGGCCGGUCCUGGUCUGAUGUUUGGUCUGCAUCACCACCAAGAUGCUACCGGGUUGCACCAUCAUCAUCAACCACGUGGUCCCAGCCUCAAAGAAGAGCCCUUAACAACGGCCCGGUCGUGGAUGCAGAGCACUGUAUCCGAUCAAAAUGGAUCGACUGUGGGUCGAGCUCACUUCGAGAAACAGCCUCCUAGCAACCUGCGAAAAUCCAAUUUUUUCCACUUCGUCAUCGCGUUGUACGACAGAGCCGGUCAACCCGUCGAAAUUGAACGAACGGCCUUCAUUGGUUUCAUCGAAAAGGAUCAGGAAGCCGACGGACAGAAAACAAAUAACGGAAUUCAAUAUAGGCUACAACUUCUUUUCGCAAACGGUGUGCGACAAGAACAGGACAUCUACGUGAGACUCAUCGACUCUGUAACGAAACAAGUAAGUCACUCUUCUGUCACUCACUCCACCUUAGUGUUAUUAAGAAAUUAG